UAUAAUUCUGGAGCAGUUCUGUUAUCUCAGGUGUCUGAGCCACUGGUUCUAACUCCACAGAUCCCAGGCCUCAGCCAUCACAGGACUCUGAGCCUUUUCCAGGAAUCUGACUUAAUUCACCUCCAGAGCCGGAUCUUUCUCUGAUGGGUCCUCAGGGAAGACAACCGCCGUGUUGGUGACUGUGACCUGCUUGACCGUCACAACACCAUGUUCUUCAGGGUGACGUCUCGAGACAAGGUGCCUUGGACGUCAUGUGCUGCCUCCUCCGCCUGCCGCAGCUCUUCUGCACCUGCAUGGCCUUCUCCCUCGUGGUCGACAUGGGCAUCCUGAGGGGGGCCAUAGGUAACUGGUCCAUGUCCAUCUGGUGCUUCUGUUUUGCCAUGACCCUCAUCAUCUCCAUUGUAGAGCUGUGUAAGCUCCAGCCCCGCUUUCCUUUCUUCUGGUACAACUUACCCGUCCUCUACGCCUGCUACGCUGCCCUUCUCUGCCUCUUGGCCUUCAUCAUCUAUGCCACCACUCAUGUCCAUUUCCUGCCUUAUGGCCCUUACCGGGACCGAGCCAUCACGGCCACUGCCUUCUCCUGUGUUGCUUCUGUACUUUAUGCCAUGGAAGUGGCCUGCUUGUGGCAGUACUAUGAGCUCAGUGAGGUCUCCUGCUAUGUGCACACCAUGCCAGGCCUGCUGAAAGUGCUGGAGACCUUUGUGGCCUGUCUCAUCUUCACCUUCCUUAGCCAUACCUCCCUGUACCUGCACCAGCCGGCCCUGGAGUGGUGCGUGGCCGUGUACUCCAUCUGCUUCUUCCCAGCAGCCCUGACCAUUCUGGGGAACCUGAUUGGAUGGGAAUACAGGCUGCCUGUGACCUUCCCCAUUUUGCAGUUUUUGCUGACCCUGCUCUCUGUCCUCCUCUAUGUCAGCGCUCUGGUCCUCUGGCCGCUCUACCAGUUCAAUGAGAAGUUUGGUGGGCAGCCCCAGCGAUCCAAUUACAUGGACUGUAUCGAUGGGCUCACCUAUUACAUUUGCACCUGGGAUGAGGAACUGGCUGUGGCCAUUCUGACAGCUCUCAACCUGCUGAUAUACGUGGCUGACCUGGUAUACUGGGCCCACCAGGUUUCUGUAGGAACUGAGGAUUAGCCUGGGGACUCCUGAUCCUCUCUGAUUACCGGAUGCAUAUUUACCAAGCUCCGAUGUCCUCUUCCUGUGUCUUCUCUCUCCUGACUCACACCCUUCCCCAUUCAUCUCACUCUCUUUUUUGCUUUCUUUUCUCCUUCUGCUCUAUCUCCCCCCUGUUUUGUGUGGUUGCCCAUAUCCCUGUUUUGCCUCUUUCUUUUGCUUCUCUCAUCUUCUCUACAUUAUCUUUUUUUUCACCCUUUUCUGGUUAUCCUUGGUUUUCUUAUCUCCUGUGUACUGACCACCUCUUCCCGUUUUCCUUUUCCCGAUUAGAGCAGCCUGGUGUGAAUGAAACUCCCAC